AUGCGCCUCGCUCUCGCCGUCUUCGCCCUUGUGUCGCUCACCCAGGCGUCCAUCGACGUCAUUGUGCAGUCGUCGCCAUCGAGCCUCGUCUCGGCACGCACCUUCCCCAUCGGUCUCGAGAGCACAACGAUUGAGAUCGUACCCCGCGGCGAGCGCCUUUACGACGCGGCCUUUGCGUGGACGUCGCAGUACGGCUACGUUGCGCUGCACGCACACAACGUGAUCCUCGACGGCAUCAACGAAGCGGGCCUCUCCGCGGCUCUCCUCGACUGGGGCACGUCGAUCCCAGUGCCUGCCGGCGCCGACGGGCGCCCCGUCAUUACCGCGCUUGUGCCGUUUGUGUUGAGCAACUUUGGCUCGCUCGACGACGUGCAAGCUGGCCUCGCGCACGUCCGCCUCCGACCCAUGGCUCAACACGCGUGGCGCCUCACGGUCCAUGAUAGCAAGGGCCACAGCCUCAUUCUGAACGCAACCAACCACGUGCUCGAUGCGCCCCGCGUCGUGCAAGCUGUCGACGACGCCAAGACGACGCAGUCCCUCCGCCAACACGAUGCCACGCGGCUCGUGCGC